CGCCUAACCUCGCCUCCUUCCCACCACUCCAGGCUUUGGUUUCUUAAUUUAGUUCGUAACGGCCCCGCCCCCAGGCUCUGGACUCUGGGGCAGACUGUUAAGGCCGCGAGGAUUGGGGCCCUGCGGGUGCUUGAGGGCGGGACGACGGGGCGGCUUCCGUGUGUUUAUUGGCGGGUGUCUUGUCGCUGGGUGGACGUGCCCAGGCCGUUAUUCCCCGCCCCGCUGAAGGUGAUCUGGAGGACACGCGGGAGCGCGCGCGUUUCUUCGGCAGCUGAGGCCCGAGCGGAGCCGCCGGCGGCGCGCGGUUCCGCGCCCGAGCCUACUGGCGCGAGCACCAGCUGCCCCGCCGUCGUUGGGUGGCCGCCCCGGCUUCUGUCUGAGCUUGUAGGCAGUUUUGGGGCCCGCGGAGGACGGGAUAAUUAACCUUUAACUCGGUCCCCUAGUCUGCCCAGAUGGUGGAAAGAGCCCUCAGGCGAAUUAGUGUUUCCCUGUUCUGCAAACUAGGUGUAAAUGGCGCUUCCCUGGUGGCUCAGACCGUAAGGAAUCCGCCUGCAACGCGGGAGACCUGGAUUCGAUUCUUGGGUUGGGAAGAUCCCCUGGAGAAGGGACCGGCUGCCCAUUCCAGUAUUCAGGCCUGAGGCCUGGCAGGCUACAGUCCAUGGGGUCUCAAAGAGUCCAGCACGGCUGAACGACUUUCACAGCACCCUAACCCCACGUUUUAGAGUGCCUCACAGUCUGCCCCUAAGGCAGAUUAACUCUUCUUCAGUUAAUUUUAGUGGAGUUUAAUGAUUAAUCAUUUGCUCUCUUGAAUAGCUUUUUAAAGAUCGUGUCUUAGUGUUUGCAGCUAAGACCGUUUAGGCCCACUAGCGAGGCUGGUUUUUGUUAAGUACGGGAAAUAGAUUAAAAAUCUGCCUCCUGUCACCUAAAAUGUGAAAUUAGAAUUCUGGUUUUUUUAAAAGAUAGCUUUGUAUGGCUGAGUCCUUUCUCUGUUCACCUGAAACUACCACAACUUUAUGUCAAUCGUCUGUACCCCAAUACAAAAUAGAGAGUUUAAAAUUUGAAAAAAAGAUAGCUUGAUGAUAUCUUCCCUCCACCCCCUCCAGAAAGUGAAUUCUGUAUCCGUGUUUAGAUGAGUUGUUUGCGGAAACAAACAUCAUAGCUCACUCUUACAUGAUGACAGUUAUAAAAUCUACAAAAACAAUUGUUUUAGCCACAGUGUGUUGAAGAUGCGGUUUUCCUAAUCUGAUUUAAUAGGAUACUAGGGUUUUAUCAGGGUUUUUUUUUUCUUAUAAAUCUGUAGGAAUUCACCCAAGAAAGUACAUUUCUGUAGAAAGUAGAUUGAGCUCCCUGGGUGAAGAAAGAAUUGCAUUUGAAUAGUUCUCCUUGGUUAUGCGUUCUUAAUUUAUUUUUAAAAUUCAAGUUGGAAUGACUACACCAAAAGGAGCAGCCUCUGUGAUCCUGAACUGCCUCAUCGCUUAUGCAUUGAAGGCAUUUAACAUUUCUAAAUAAGUACAAGAUGCAAACCUCUAACCUGUAUAAAAAAUAAAACCACCACUCAAAAGCCUUCUUCUCCAGACAAAGCCUGUGACUUAGUCUCUAAACAGGAAGAAGAAAUAAUAUUCUGAGUUGGAGCUUACUAUCAGCUUUAAUUUAAACGUUAUUGGCCUUUGUCCAAGUUGCUAAAACUAUGUAAUGCCUUUUCAAAAAACAUUGUUUUAGCUUCCUUGUUUUUUCUGCCAUUUACUUAAAACCCAAAGGUCAAGCCUGUGAAAAACAAAAAAUACUAUUUAUUAAAUGAGGGACUGCAGUUAUUUUUGUAUAUACUUUUUUCUUACCUAGGAAUUUGGGACAUCCUUUUUCAAUAAAUAUUUAGGUAUAAACUGUAUAAAAAUGUAAUAAAUAAAAUAUUCUAGUAUAUCCUAAGUAUAUGAAAUAUAUAAGCAUAUAUAUUUUAUAUGAUUCUAUUUCUGUUUUGACUGAAACAGAGUAAGUAUAUGGCCACUUGACAGUUGUUGACAAUUUGAAACCUUUAUUCUUUCUCCUGUUAAGAACACUAGCAAAGCUAGAUUUUUUUAAAGUAAAGAGUUUGUCACUCUGCCUAAAUUUAUCACCUAAGGGCUACCAUUUUUUAGCAUUUGGCACAUCUUAAAGUCUACUAAAUUGAUGUCUAAAAGUCAUUAGGCUUUGCUCUUUACUCAGUGCUUUCUAAAACAUACUUCUGCAAAUCAUUUGUGUUACCACAAGGUAGAUAAAAAUCACUGACAUAAAAGUGCUUUUGUACAUAGAGCAUCCAUGUAGUAAAAGAUUGGAUCUCAAACUUGUUUGAGUGACAGAGUACCGGAUGGUGUCCUUGCAGAUUUAAAUAAUUCUAAUAGAACCAAAAACACUUUUGCUAAAAGAAAACAUAACUAUGUUAUAUAUCUAUAGGUCUUAAGAUUUUAAAAUAAAACAAUGCAUUAAAUACCUAAAGGAAGCAUGUUUCUAGCAAGAUGAAACAAAAGACAUUUAAACUUACAUGACAAGUAGGUUUGGUAGGAUAGCUUUAUACCAGGUAUGAUGUCUGAUGAUCAACAAUUUUUUUUCUUCCUUUGGUGGUUUGGGAAUAUUAAUAGCCAAAAGUUUCAAAACAAGGGAGAAAAAUGGUGAAUGGAGAAGUUCAAUUUUUUUGUUCUAUGAUUUGAGAGAAGACAGUAUUCUUUUUUCAGUUAUAGAACCAUAAUUGUUUAGUCUGACACACUGUUUAAGCACUCCUAAAUUUUUCAUCAUUGGAUACCUUUUAUUUUCUCUCUCUCAUUAAUCAAAGUAAUGUAUUGACUAUUUGAGGUUCAUGUAAACAAGGGAUAAUAACGUGGUAUCAUUCUAGGCAAAUGUAAAGCUUUUGUUGGUUUCUGGUAUUGUAUGGUGUGUAAAUAUUUUUAUUGGUGGUUUCAUAAGAAAAAUAGAAAUGUUGAAAAUAACACCUUGAAGACUGGACUUUAAAUAUUGCAUUUGUAAAAUUUGUUUCGGGAACCACUACUCCAAGAGUAAAGUUUUAAAUUGAAAGUUUAAGAGUAUAAAUUUAAAGUGGCCGUUAAAUGGAAUGGUUCAAAUAAAUCAGCGUUUUAGAAAAUGGGGUGAAAAAAUUGCUUGGUUUCAGAUAGUUCAAUGUUAAAUAUGGUUUUCUAGUUAUUUUUAAAUAACGAAUUUAUAUGUUACAGCAUUUUCUGGCUUUCCUUCUGUUGAGCUACUGUAUAUCUUUAAAGAUAAACCUUUUAUUCAUUAGUCUUUUUACUGUCUUGAUGUGUUAUUCUUCGCUUAGAGUUCAGUUUGAGAAAAUGGGAGCAGUGUGGAGCAUAGCAUGUAGCUAGUGGCAGUUCAUUACCACAGGUUGUUGGAACAUGUUAGUCAAAACUGUUGGUUUCCUUUGCCAUCUGGAAUUUAUUAGUCUUUGUAAGCCCCUCACUAAUCUAUACUAUUUUAAGGCUGAUAGUAACUUCAUUCUUUGUAUAGGGUUCCUCAUUCUAAAGGAAAAAUAAGCUUGAUUGCAGUACAGCUACAUUCUAAGAUCAGUUCUGAUACUAUAUAUCUCCUCUGGACUUUGUACACUGACCUCCUCUGUCCCCUGCCUUAACUAUUAGGUGUGGAAAAACUGGGGCUUUGAUCAAGCAAAUGCUGAAAAGCCACAUAAAGAAAAUCUGUAACAGUUAUUUCUCAACAAUUAUAUAGUCAACUGAUGUAACAAUGGUACUAAUAUUGGGACGAAGACUAAACAGAGAGGAUCUCGGGGUGCGUGAUUCACCAGCAACAAAGCGUAAAGUUUUUGAAAUGGACCCUAAAUCUCUGACAGGCCGUGAGUUUUUUGACUUCUCUUCAGGAUCAUCCCAUGCUGAAAACAUCCUCCAGAUAUUUAAUGAAUUUCGAGAUAGUCGUUUAUUCACAGAUGUUAUCAUUUGUGUGGAAGGAAAAGAAUUUCCUUGCCAUAGAGCUGUUCUCUCAGCCUGCAGUAGCUACUUCAGAGCUAUGUUCUGUAAUGACCACAGGGAAAGCCGAGAAAUGUUGGUUGAGAUCAAUGGUAUUUUAGCUGAAGCUAUGGAAUGUUUUUUACAGUAUGUUUAUACUGGAAAAGUGAAGAUCACUACAGAGAAUGUACAGUAUCUCUUUGAAACGUCAAGCCUUUUUCAGAUUAGUGUUCUCCGUGAUGCAUGUGCCAAGUUCUUGGAGGAGCAACUUGAUCCUUGUAAUUGCUUAGGAAUCCAGCGCUUUGCUGAUACCCAUUCCCUCAAAACACUCUUUACAAAAUGCAAGAAUUUUGCAUUACAGACUUUUGAGGAUGUGUCCCAGCAUGAAGAAUUUCUUGAACUUGACAAAGAUGAACUGAUUGAUUAUAUUUGUAGUGAUGAACUGGUUAUUGGCAAGGAGGAGAUGGUUUUUGAAGCCGUCAUGCGUUGGGUCUAUCGCGCUGUUGAUCUGAGAAGACCACUGUUACAUGAGCUCCUGACUCAUGUGAGACUCCCUCUGUUGCAUCCCAACUACUUUGUUCAAACAGUUGAGGUGGACCAGUUGAUCCAGAAUUCUCCUGAGUGCUAUCAAUUGUUGCAUGAAGCAAGACGGUACCACAUACUUGGGAAUGAAAUGAUGUCUCCAAGGACUAGGCCGCGCAGGUCAACUGGCUAUUCUGAGGUGAUAGUUGUCGUUGGAGGCUGUGAAAGAGUUGGAGGAUUUAAUCUUCCAUACACUGAGUGUUACGACCCUGUAACAGGAGAGUGGAAGUCUUUGGCUAAACUUCCCGAAUUUACCAAAUCAGAAUAUGCAGUCUGUGCUCUAAGGAACGACAUUCUUGUUUCAGGUGGAAGAAUCAAUGGACGUGAUGUCUGGAUUUAUAACUCACAGUUAAAUAUUUGGAUCAGAGUUGCUUCUCUAAAUAAAGGCAGAUGGCGUCACAAAAUGGCUGUCCUCCUUGGUAAAGUAUAUGUUGUUGGAGGCUAUGAUGGGCAAAACAGACUUAGCAGCGUAGAAUGUUAUGAUUCCUUUUCAAAUCGAUGGACUGAAGUUGCUCCCCUUAAGGAAGCAGUAAGUUCUCCUGCCGUGACCAGCUGUGUAGGCAAAUUGUUUGUGAUUGGUGGAGGACCUGAUGAUAAUACUUGUUCUGAUAAGGUUCAAUCCUAUGAUCCAGAAACCAAUUCUUGGUUACUUCGUGCAGCUAUUCCUAUUGCCAAGAGGUGUAUAACUGCUGUAUCCUUAAACAACCUGAUAUAUGUUGCUGGUGGACUGACCAAGGCAAUAUACUGUUACGAUCCAGUUGAAGAUUACUGGAUGCAUGUACAGAAUACAUUCAGCCGACAGGAAAACUGUGGUAUGUCUGUAUGUAAUGGUAAAAUAUAUAUCCUGGGUGGAAGACGGGAAAAUGGAGAAGCUACAGACACUAUUCUCUGUUACGAUCCUGCCACAAGUAUCAUCACAGGGGUAGCUGCAAUGCCCAGGCCAGUGUCCUAUCACGGAUGUGUGACUAUUCACAGAUACAAUGAGAAAUGCUUCAAGCUCUGACGCCAGCGUACCUCACCCAGAAAGCCACAGCAAUCCAAGAUGAGAGGUUUUAAAAACUCCAGAGUGGGAACUUGGUCUAUCUCCUUUAUGCCAUAUGCACAAAAAAACAAAAAUAAUAAUUGUCGUGCCUUUCUCCCCCAAAUACCAAUCUUUUAAACUGUAAUAAAGCCUUUUCUGUAAUUGGGGAAAAAAAAAAAUUUGUUUGGAAGGUAAUAGUGGUCUUUGCUUGGGCUGUGAGAGUGUACCUUUGUGAGUAUUUGUUUAAAAAAAAAAAAAAGCCCAUGUGGCAUAGGAAAUAAUGUUUGCCUGUAUACCGUUUAGGAAUUUGUGAAUGGUCUCUUCAUUUAUGUAUGUUUAUCUGCAAGACUGUUUAUUCCUUAUUUUGUCAUAUAAGUGUGUAUGUGUGUGUAUAUAUGUAGAAAAUUGCAUGACAAGUUUUCAUUUAGGUCAAAUCAUGUAAUGCUUAGAAUGCUUAGAAUCAUUCUACGGAGGGAAAAACAGUUUUAAAAAUCUUUUUCACUAAAAAAUACAUCCAAAUUAAUUAACUUUAUUAUGGUUUUUUUCUGUAAUUGAUAAAAGAGUAAUGACAAUGAUCUGAGUAUCAUAAAAUACUAAGUUAUUGUGACUUCAUUCUUAGAAUUGCUUUCUUAUAUUAAAGAUAUUUUGGGGAGAAGAUACAAAAGCAAGUCCCCCUAAAAUGGGGAUUAAAAUUAAAGAUUAGUUCCUAAGAAAAAGUUAUCUAAGACCCUUGAAGGAAAAAUGACCCACUGUGGCUCUCAAAAGUAUUUAUGUAUCAUCUCUAAAUCCUCUAAGGGAAGCGCCUUUUCUUAAACCUGGCAGAAGAGCUGAAAUCCACUUUGCAAUAUUAUCUUGUGCAAAACAGGGACAGAUUUUCUCCCUAGCCCGGUAGGGUUUGACCUCAUUGGAAUGGUGCUUUGGGUGAGGACCUCUUCCUGGUUAUCCUAUUUUCUUGUGAACAGCUAAAAGUCCUGGGAGUCUCUACUGUUAAGCUGCCCUUAAAGGAUAAAGCAGGGACCACCUAUCUCAGUGGGUCCACAUUUAUUUUAAAGUUAACUAUCUGAAGAAACUAACAGUAGUAGUAGCAGUUUUCUAAGAUAAAUCUUCAUUUGGUACCCAUUGUGUGAAAUAGCGAUCAACAUUCUCACACUUGUCUACAUCAAAUUGCCUUUGUCUAGAUGUUUCAACUCCAGUUUAUAAAGCUUGCUAGUUUUCAGAGAAGAGUGUGAAAUUUUUUUUUCUAAGGCAAAUGGGAUGGCAGGAACUACAGCAUAAGUGAUUGUUGUUAUUCCUGGGUAGACAAACACAAUUUACGGUAUUUUAGGGAUGUUCCAGGUAGCCUGCUCUAUUUCAACUUCCCAGGCAUUAUUGUCAUCUCAUAUCUUAAUUAUAUAUUCCUUGCCAUAGGAGAAAUGAUGCAAAUAUGUAAUUAUAGUGUCACCAGAUUUUUGUUAAAACCAAAGUAGUAAUCAAAAAACCUAACAUUGAUAAACUUACUCUUUUCCCAUUUUAGAAUGAUACAGAGAUUUCAAAUACACUGUACACUAUCAACUUUAAUGCCUAGCUGGAUUGUGAGGCAAAUUCUGAAAAACUUAACAAAUUUUAGGGAAUUUUUAUUUUUCAAAUCAUAAUUUGAAAUGAUAUGUACCUUUUUGUGAUAAUUAUCAAAGCAAUUCAGAAGCCAGUUUUCUACCAUUUUAGUUGAAAGACAAUAGUAGAUACAAUUGGGAUACCUGUUUUAAUUUUAGAGUAAGCAUCUACUUCUGCAUCAUACCCUUUGUAGGUUAGGGAACCUAUUUAGUUCAGAAAUUCUUUGUGGUGUGUGAGAUAAUGUAUGAGAAAAGUGUUGGUAAAUGCUGAGGACUAUACAAAUGAUACUUGUUAUUUUCAUGUGUAUUUGUAAGGUCAUGCCCAUCCGUAAAUAUAGACACUUUCUUACAGAAAAGCCUUUCUCAGUAUAACCUGUAUUUUAGUACUUUUGUAAGUAUUAACUAUUUACUUGUAUUUUGUUAUAUGUUUAUUUUUAAUAUUCAUGUGUUUAUUACAGUAAAUUUGAAAUGAAAUCCUAUAAAACACGAUUUGUUUAAACAUGGACCUUAUGCCAAUAUUUUUAAAUUUUUUCUCUACAUAAUUUAAAACUACGUUAAGUAGGUCACCAAGAACUUAGCUUGAAUCCUAUGAAUUUAAAGUAACAAUUUUUAAAGUUACCCAACUGAUACUUUAAUUUGCUUUCACUUCCUUUACUGAUUUUUUAUAAUGAGGUUAGCAUAGAUAAAAUAAUGAAGAAUUUUAGGGUAUAAUUAGUAUAUCAAAAGGGAUUUAUCAACAAAAUUGGUAUCAGAUUAUAUUCAUACUGUCAUCACAUAGCUGACAUUUUCUUUUGGUUUGUGAUGCUCAUAUAAGCCUUUGGGUUAGGUUAGUAUGUAUGUAUAUACAUGUGUAUAUAUGUAGAUAGAUAGUAUGCUCAAUCUACACACAUAUAUACAAAAAUCAAGAAUUUUAGCAGUUUUUGGUUUCUGAUCAGAGGAACAUAAAGUAAAAAUUAGUUGAUCUUACUAAAUUCAAUUCCAGAAGUUCUGUUUUGUUUUUUUUUUUUAAUUUGGGCAUCUCUAGCGUACUCUUUUACAUACGAAAAUAUAUGAUGAAUUUUAGUAUGAUGACUCAUACGUCAGAAUCUAUAUAAUGCAUACAAUUUACAAGAUCAGGAAACAAAUUGGAGGGAGAUACAAGUUUGGUAAACAUAGCCAUCGAUACCUCAGUGGGAAAGGAAUUCAAAAGCAGGUUUUGUGGAUCAAGAGAAAUGUACUUCUUUUUUUUUUUUUUUUUCCAUGAACUUUAAUCAUUUUUCAUGUGGUUCCUAUAUGUGAGUGAGCUAUAACGUGAUCUAAUUUUUACAACAAAAAGACCUUCCUCUUCUGCUCUAAUCUUCCCACUGACUUUACUGCACAGGUAUGAAAUGGUAGCCUAUUGGAUCUUUAGUAACUUUUUUUUCCCUAGAUGACUGAAACAUAGGUAUUUACUCCAUUUAAACCAGGUGUUUAAAAAAAUGAUGUAAAUACUCAGGGUAUUAACUUGUCAUUUUUGCCUAAUUGGAGUGUUUAAAGUGCCAUAUCUAAGUAACUUUCAGUUCAUAAUUCUAGAGUAAAUUCAGUUUGGUAAAGGGGCUUCACACGUGGUGGUGGUUAAACAUUCACUUUUUUAUAUUUAGAUGAAAAUGUUUGUGGACUGAUACAUUUUCUCUUAGUGAAUAUGAAUUGUUUAUGUAUCUCUACUGUCAUACCCUUUUUGAAACUCAGGAAAGACAAAGGUUCAAUUCUACUACUUUUGUCAGUAUACAAACCAGGUGUGUUAUUUUUCCUGUUGUCUGGAUAUGGCAAUAGACUUUUUAAAAAGAAAUGCUGUGAGAACCCAUACAUGAAAAGAGAGGGUUGAAUUGUUUGUGCCUUUUGUUUCUUGAGAUUUAUACUUGGAAAGGACAUCAUCUACUCCAGACUGUAUUUUCAAAGAGAAGAAAUUGCUAUUUAUGUGGUGCCAAGUGAUAAAAUAAUGUCUCUUAAAGGCUUCCUGUGGAUUGCCUUUAUUUUCCUAAGCUCAAGACACCAGUUAACCUCAACAUAAUUUUGGCCUUUAUUAGAAUUUCUGUGCAUUAUAUUGAAAGCUAGGUUUACAUCACCUCACCCCAUUAUUCCUUUUAGUUAAAUAAAUAAAUUCACCAUACCAAGAAACCAGAAUGGGGCAAUUUGGUUGGCCUUUAAGGCAACAGGUUUGACUAGCUAGCUAUACUUAUUGUCACAUCUAAUGCUAGGUAUCAGAAACCACUUGAGCCGGAAGUGUGAACUGAUAAUUCCAGAGACAUUGUCAACGUACUUCAUACUUUUUUAAAAAUGUUUUUUAUGGAUGUUUUACAUUUGUGUGAUUGCCUUAGGUAUUAAGUUAGUGCUAAAGAUCAUCAUUUAAAAUUUUUUUAAAUAGCAGUAGUUGUAACUUAUUUUAUAUAUUGUCCCAAAGAAAAGAAUUUGUUUUAAUGUUUUCAAAAUAACUGCGUCUGUAUUUGCUUAUGUGCCUUAAGUUCUCUAGUUCUGUUUCAACUUUUUUUAAAAUCUAAAGUUUACCUUAGAUAAGUUCCAUACUUAUUUCCUAUAAAUUGCUCUUAAAAUGUUUAAUGAGCAUCAGCUAUGUGGUUGCUUGGCAGGAAGGAAAAUGUUAAGGAAAUGGCUCAGUGUUUGGAGUUUUACUAUGUUUGGGGAGGUUUUAUGUUUGAUGCCAAGCUGCUUUUUAAGAUAUUAAGAAAAAAAUCCUUGUAAACAUCAUCAAUAUCUACAUCCAGUAUCAAAAAAGUAAAUCUACUUAUUUUUGUUCCAUUCUUAGGUACUAUUUUUUGGUUUUUCCUGUACAGACUCUUUCAUUUAUCUCUUUUGAAAAAGUUCUUAAUCUUUCCUACCCCAAUACCCACCCCAUGGUAUCUUUAUUUAAAUCUUGUUGAAAGUCUCUGGAGCUAUCUAAGACAACACAAUUAUAGAGUUGAACAAAAGCAUAGUGUGCUUUACAACUUGUACAGACCUGUGGCAGCCAGAUGUCAUUUGCUUUCAGAUGCUCCAGUCUUCACAGUGAAAAAAAAUGCUCCGUGUUUCUUUGUAUUCAUCAGUUGCGGCACACUAAUACUUUCAUGUCUCGUCUAAAAUAUACUUUGUGCAUAGUUUUUCUUUAAUUUUUAAAAAGUUGUAUCUAAUAAAACAAUGUCUUUUAACCAUUA